UAUGUUGUUAUUGUUUUUUAGUUUGCUGUUUUCGAAGAGUCUUUAGCACUGCUGCAGGUUGAUGAACUGUUCCGGGUUGUUUCGCCCCAAAACCAUUUCGAACCUUGCGUUGUUUCGCCCCCAGUGACGGUCACUAGCUUAAUCCUAUUCACAGAGGAACUGGUCUGGAUACAGUGUAAAUAUGUCUGAAGAUGGUGUUCACAGUCUCCCCAUUGAUAUCCACUACAACAAGCUGCUUGACUGGCUGGUGAAUCGUCGACACUGCAAUCAGCAAUGGCAGAUAGCCGCUGUCGAGAUCCGACAGAAAAUAAAUGCGGCAAUUAAAGAUAUGCCCGAAGUUGAGGAGCUUAGCAAGCUAGUAGUAGAAGAAGCAAAUAUCAACUAUUUUCACUGUUUGAAGAUUCUGAAACUGCUCAAAGAUACAGAGACUGGAAAGAAAACCAUCUUUGGCCAGUAUGCGUCCCAACGUCUAAAGGAUUGGUCGGAGAUAAUCAAACUUUAUGAAAAAGAUGGUGUUUAUCUGGCUGAAAUGGCUCAGAUGGUGAUACGGAAUGUCAACUAUGAAGUGCCAGCCUUGAAGAAACAGAUUGCAAGAUGUCAACAAACACAGAAGGACUGCACACGUAAGGAGAGUGACUAUGUUAACAAUGCCGCUGAUUUGAGGAGGAAGUACGAGGCGUCGUGCAAGCAGCUAGGAAUAGAGGGAAAGAAAAUCAAGUCAGAAUUGUCUGCCCUUGUGAGAGAUCUUCCAUCGGAAUACAACAGGAUAGCAAAAAUUACGCCUGACCUCAACAGUACAAUAGAGUACUAUGAAAACUUCACGAAGUUUGUACUCAACAGGGAUGACUUGGGAGCGGUUAGUGUUCCCAUGCUCCAACACGUUAUGGCCCACGGCAACACAACAACGUACCAAUGGAAAUAUGGGAAGAAACCAGAACACAUUGAAGAAUCAGCAAUAUUUAUAGACACAGCUGAUGAGCAAGAUGUAGAAAACCCUGGAACAAUUGAUUGGGUGGACGAUGGAGCUGAAGGUGGCAGUGAAGCAGUAGAUUUUGGAGACAACAUCGACUUCGACAUUUCUGAAAUCACGAUAGAAGAUGCCGGAAUUGAAUUAGAGAGACAGGCAGCUGUUGCGGACAAAACUGGUGCGGGGGAUGCAGGAUCCGAUGCUGAUAGCCUGGUGGCAAAAGGAAUAGCAAAGGGAGAUAAUGCACUGACGAUUCUUGAUAAUCCGGAAACGAGAAAUGAAUUUGUUAAUGAUCUUUAUGAACUGGAAGCGUUUCUCACUCAGAGGUUAAACGAGGUGAAGAAUGAAGAUGGAGCUCUGUCUGGCAGUCAGUUCCAGUCCGCCCCCCAGUCCAUCCAGAUUGACCCGGUCUCCAUAGCAACCAUGCUGUCGGAUGUUCGCUCCAUCGUUAACCAGCUCACGUCAGUUCAGAUGCAGCACCUGAUGUUGAUACGUGACUCACCCAGAUACGUUGACCGACUGCGCGACAACUUGAAGCAGACCCUUCAUCUGGCUGAGAAGAUGUUGUUUUAUGAGAAGGACAUGAUUGUCAAGAGGAAAGAAGCUCUGCAGGAACAAUCGGCAGUGGAGCCGAGACUUGACGCUAUAAUUGAAAACACCAAGACCAUGCAAAAACAGAUGGAAGAUGAAAUUUCUAAAAAAUACAAAGGACGCAUUGUUAAUAUCAUGGGUGAAAUAAACACAAUGUGAAAGUAAGACUCAUGAAGAUUUGUCACCAUUCCGAUCGAUACAGAUGUUCUGUAAACAAUUGUGUGUGUAUUUUAAUACACAUGUAUUUAUUUAUUGUAUGUAUUUUGUGUAUAUAGUAAAAUACAUGAUAUAAAGGUUUUCAAAGGGAAA